CUCGCCGGCUCCCUUCCGCUUCCGGUGUCCUACAGCCAUGGCCGCCGCCGUCGCUGCAGCCGGUGCUGGGGAGCCUUUGUCCCCAGACGAAUUGCUCCCGAAAGCCGAGGCGGAGAAGGCCGAGGAGGAGCUGGAAGAGGACGACGACGACGAGCUAGAUGAGACUCUGUCGGAGAGACUCUGGGGUCUGACGGAGAUGUUCCCGGAGAGGGUCCGGUCUGCCGCCGGAGCCACCUUUGAUCUGUCGCUCUUCGUGGCUCAGAAGAUGUACAGGUUUUCCAGGGCAGCUUUGUGGAUUGGGACCACUUCCUUUAUGAUCCUGGUUCUUCCUGUUGUCUUUGAGACAGAGAAGUUGCAAAUGGAGCAACAGCAGCAACUGCAGCAGCGGCAGAUACUUUUGGGGCCUAACACAGGGCUGUCAGGAGGAAUGCCCGGGGCUCUACCUCCACUUCCUGGAAAGAUCUAGACUGUUACUUCGGUAUUUGUCCUGGUGGGAUAACUUUGAAAUUCAGUUGUGUUUGAACUGCUGGUUGUUUGGACUUUUUAGUCUUUUUUUUUUUUUUUUUUUUAACUUUGGCACACCGAUCUAUUUAAACCUGGUGGGAACUUUCUCCGUUUCUCAUGGGGAGACUCCACUUGCACCUGUGCCCUUCAUAAUGCUCUCACUUACUUCCUGUUCUCAAUCUGAUGCUAGAGUGCAGCCAUGGAAAGGUUACUCCACGUUAUCCCUUUAGAAAAUUGCUCCUAUUGAAGUUCUCACAGGUCCCUUGUGGGGAAGAAGUAAACACCCCUGACCAUUAAGACCUUUUUUUUUUUUUUUUUUUUUUUUAAACGAAUGGAGAUGUCUGGGACAUGUAAACAAUGUGAAGCUGACAAAAUCCACUACAGCUGCCGUUAAAAACAGUCCCCAGGAAUCACUGUAUGUUGGAGAGAAGCGAGGCUAGCUGUAGCUUUAGCCAGGCGGGGACUGAGAACAGAGCGGGCGCCCAUUUCCUCUGCACAUGUGGCUGUUAGAGACCUGUGUGUUGUGUAAAAAAAGAAGUCAGUGCUCACUUUUUGUAUUUAAAUAUUAAAAGACCUCCAACUGAAA